AUGCCGCGGAGUGAGACUGGCGAGGGUAAUCUUCCCGAAGACCCCAGGCCAAUAAGCUCUCCGUUGGCUCCGAAAGUGCUGAAUACUCCCAAUCCAGCGAAAAUAAAGAUCCCAAAUAUGACGGCCUUCGAUGUAACAUCCUGCCCCGAGGAACACUUGAUGGCAUACAAAAACUUAAUGUUGCUGUACACCACCAACCCAGCAUUGUGGUGCAAAUUAUUCCCAACUACUCUCACAGGAGUAGUCUUGACGUGGUACACCUCUCUUCCAGGGAGAAGUAUCCACACUUUUGCCCAAUUAGAGAACAAAUUCCUGGGUCACUUUGUGGCAUCCAGAAGGCAGGAGAAAUCAAACUUCCAUUUGCUUAGCAUAACGCAACUGAAAGGGGAAUCCAUAUCAUCGUAUCUAAGGAAAUUUCAUGAGGCAGUGCUGGAGGCACUUGACCCCAAAAAGCAAAAGUCAGAGAAGAAGGAUCCAAUAUUCUCCCAUCACACCUCAAGGAAUAGAGAGGAAAAUCCAUCAAGAAGAGACAAAAACUACAUGCCGCGUCAUCCGGAACUCCCAUCAGACAUGGGACCUCCACGAUCCAGACAUGUAUAUGUCACGGAAGGGGAAGCCAGGACACGGAAUUUGCUCGACGGAGGUAACGACCCGAUGUUCAACCGCAACAGAAAAGACAUAUUCUUCGCCAUACCGGACGAGUUGCCAACUCCACCUCCUACUGCCACCCCCUCUGAUCGUCGCAACUACAAUUUGUGGUGUGAUUACCACAAAGAACAUGGCCAUACCUUGGCCCAAUGUCGCAAACUCAAGCGUAUCCUACAUCAGCUAAUGGCCCGCCAAUGCCUCAUCAACACCAUGAAACGAGGAACUUCCGUCAUCCCCUCCAAAAGAGGAAGGGGAGAAAAGUCUCCAUCCGUCAUAAGUAUAGAUGGACAAUAG